GGAGCCCGGGAGGGAAGUGAGCUCAGGCGCACCGGAAAUCCCGCCCGUGCCGCGGCCCUGUGUUUGCGCUGCGGGCAGAGAAAGGAGCGGAGCGCCUGCAGCGGCCCAGCCGAGCCUGCCGCACGACACGGGGCCGAGCCAUGUCUGACCAGGAAGCAAAGCCUUCAGCUGAGGACUUAGGAGAUAAGAAAGAAGGGGAGUACAUUAAACUCAAAGUCAUUGGGCAGGACAGCAGUGAAAUUCACUUCAAGGUGAAAAUGACAACACACCUCAAGAAACUCAAAGAAUCGUACUGUCAAAGACAGGGUGUUCCAAUGAAUUCACUCAGGUUUCUCUUCGAGGGUCAGAGAAUUACUGAUAAUCAUACCCCCAAGGAGCUGGGGAUGGAGGAGGAAGAUGUGAUUGAAGUUUAUCAGGAACAGACGGGGGGUCACUCAACAGUUUAGAUCCUUCUGAUUUUUCUUCCCCCUUAAUCCUUUUUUAUUUUUAAAUAAUAGUUCUUUUGUAAUGUGGUGUUCAACACUGAAACUGGCACCCCAUCUCUGGGAGUUUACUUUCAAGCGUCUGGUAUUUUGAAUUCUCGUGCUCAUUAUACACUAUUGUUUCUGUUUUCAUUGUGCUGAACUUCUGUGAUCCAGCUGCAACCUUGCUCCCCUCUUCCCUUCUGCCCUCCCCUUUAGGAAUACAUGUACUCACAUGCAUUUGUAUGUUCACUGGGUUCGUGCAUUUCAGGCACGAAUGCUGUAAGAUCUGCCAGGUGGGCGAGUGUUCUUAAUGACUUCCAUAUCUGCCCUGAAGUUUUGAUGUGUGACUGUCUCACUCCUGGACUAUAACUUUCAGUGCGAGAUGAAGUUUUUCAGAGAACUAAACUGUGGAGAAGUUGUGUAUCCAUAUAACUCAGAGCUAUUUUGCUUAAAUUAUGCUGAUGGCCCAAUGAAGAAGAUCGCCGAGUUGGAAAUGGAAAAGCUAGAACUGUUGUCAUCUGUUCCUUGCUCCAGAGAUGGCUUUGCUGAAGACGUGAAAUUGGAAACCCUAAUGAUUUUUAAAUAUUACCAGAAGAGCCCAGAAGCAUUUUAACCUCAUAUAGCAAUUAGUACGCGCAGGUAUCCAUGCAAGAAUGUUCACAGCAGCCAACUGGUGUUACUUUGACACGCUUGUUUGUACCUUUUGGCCUGGGACGUGGGUUUUGAAUGGACAUUGUCUGUACCAGCUUCAUUUAAAAUAAACAAGAAAACCAAUUUUAUAAACAA